CUCUCUCUCUCGUGCGCGCGAGAGGCAAGGAAGCGUAGCGAGCCGGUGCGGGCCGUUUUUUAAGCGAGGCGAGGCAAGCAUGCCCAAGCAAGCGUUCAAAAUCGAAGAGUUCAAGGUGCUCAAGGAGUCAUGGCAGAGGAACGAGAACGAUGGGGCGGAGAAGAGGAUGUGCUUCUGGAGCAAGUCGGCGGUCGAGUACGCGCUGCUCUCGCCAAAGUCGAAAACGCGGGCGUAUUGGUCGGUCCUCCUCCUGCUGGUCAUCUCGUACAACUCGGUCUUUGUACCGAUGCGAACUACGUUUCCGGGCAUGUGUCUGCCUGAAGUAUGGUGGACCAUUGAUUAUCUCGGCGACGUGGUGCUGCUGGUGGACAUUUUCUGGCGGUUCUACGUUGGCUACUACGCGCUGGGUGUGGUGGUCACCACCCGCCGGCUUGUUGUUCGCAACUACCUCCACGGCUCGUUCCUGCUGGAUCUUGUGGCGUCGCUGCCAUUUGACUUUGCGCUGUACGACUGCCAGCCGCACGCGUUCAUGCGGCUCAACCGGUUGCUGAGGCUCUACCACGUGCCGAACAUCUUCCGAUCGUGGGAGCAGUCGACGUCGCGACCUGUGGUGUUUCGGCUGACCAAGCUCUUCUGCGGCAUCAUGAUGCUUGCGCACUGGACGGCUUGCGCGUUUUUUGCGACGGUCAAGCAGGAGAACAAGCGAUUCGGUGAGGGCGGGUGGCCGCAGCCGGUCGGCACCGGGUGGCCGCAGGGCAUGCAGACGCUGGUGACCAAGCCGGCGCACGAGGCGUAUCCGCGGGCGCUGUUCUGGUGCAUCACGCUGCUGACGGGCAUGGGCCCCGACCACAACUCGCCCGACACCAAUCUAGAGCUCGCGUUCUCGUUCGGCAUGCUCUUCAUCGGCAUCUUUGUCUUUGCUUCCGUUAUCGGUAACGUCGGAGACCUUAUUUCGAACCGCAACGCCACCGGAGCCAAGUUCCGCAAGAAGCUCGACAUUGUCAACCUGUGGAUGCGGUACAAGGGCAUCAAUCCGGUGCUCCAGCAGCGGAUCCGUAACUACUACCAGUACAUCUGGCAGCGGCAGGCCGGCCUCAACGACGCCAUCAUUCUCUCUGACCUGCCGCUCCAUCUGCGGGCCGACGUGUCGUCGGACCUCAACAAGGACAUUUUGCGCAAAGUCUCGCUGUUUGAAAAGUGCGGCGACGAGUCGUUCUUGCAGGAGCUCACCCGCAAGCUCAAGCCCGAGGUCUACACGCCCAACGACUACAUCAUUCGCGAAGGCGACUUUGGCGCCUCGAUGUACUUUAUCACCCGUGGCAUCGUCACCGUCGAGCUGGCAGGCGUGGGUAAGGUCAACACGCUCGGCGAGGGCUCAUUCUUUGGCGAAGUCGCGCUGCUGAUGAAGGCCAAGCGUAACGCGUCGAUUAUUGCCAAGACCUUUGUCGACGUCUUUGUUCUCCUCAAGGAGGAUGUCGACGAGGCGCUCUCUGACUUUCCCGAGUACGCCAUGGAGAUCUACCGCAUGGCCAACGACCUCGGGACCGAGGACCAGAACAAGGAAGUCCGCGAGGUCAUGGCGCCCGGGGCUGAAGCCUUUGGUUCGCCGCCUGGCCCGGGACAGCCAGUCACGGCAGCGGUAGCGGGCGCGAUGGACGCACCCGCACCCAACCUGGCCAUGCCGUCGCCUGGGCCCGGGCUGCCUCUCGUCCGCGCCGCCGCCGCCCACGCCUCACAGCUGGUUGUCCCGCGGUCGGCGACGGCAACCACCAUGCCGCUCUCGAUGUUUUUCCGGGCGGUCGAGCAACUGACUGCACAGGCCUCGACCAUCGGGCUGAUGUCGCUCGAUGACCUUGACUACACGUACGAGGUGCUCAUGGGACUCAUUGCUCAGAUUAUGGCGCAGCGGGGUUACGUGGCGUCGACCGGUGACGCCGCCGUCCCGUUCUCAGCCUUUGUCUCGGGCCAGCAGGCGACAGUCGCUGCCAGGACCAACCGCUCCUCGCGCAAGCUUGCCCGCGCCGUCUCGGACCGCCGCGGUUCGGGCGACUCGGGCUCGGCGCCCCGCGCUCCGCUUCCGGCUGUCUCCUCGACCGGGAGCGUCAAUCGCGGCGUGCGCCGCAGGGGGUCCAGUCGCCGCCUCGACGACUCGACCUCAAUGGAGAUGUCGGACGAGGGCGAGACCGGUUUUGACGCUGCUGUCCAUGCUCGCCGCGUAGCAGGCGGCCGCCGCAACCGCGUCGCCCCGGCGCCGCCCGCGUCGACCCGCGCCAAUGCACGCGGUGGGACGACCACCGUUGUCUCGAUCGAGUAAU